UACCGGCCCAACCGCUCCCAAAUUCCCUCUGCACAGCACUUCCAUAUGCGGAAAAAGGGAAGACCCCCUCGCGCAGAAACGAAAGCGGAGGCGUCCCCGGAUUCCAGAAGCUUCUAGUAGCACAGUAGUAGCAGCCGCCGCCCUCGACGCGCGUCUGCUCGGGGUGCUCGCGGGAGGGGAGAUCGAGGCGAGGGAGCUCGGGGGAUCGAUCGACGGGAGACCGUUGGAGCAGCAGAGCGCAAUGCCGCGUGGGAGGCGGUAGGGAUGGCGGCGGCGGCGGCGGCGGAGGCGGGAGUAUGGCGAGGGGCGUAGCGCGCGCGGCGUCGUUCGGUGGCCGCGCCGCGACCGCGAGGUGGUGCUCGUACCGGCGCAUCACGGUAGCCGUCUGCCUCGGGAACCUCGUCGCCGCGCUCCUCGUGCUCCGCUCCCUCACCUCCCUCGCCCCCACACCGCCCAAACGUGAGGAAGUGGUGGAGUAUACGGAGGAGCAGAUUAGGAAGGCGGAGGAGUCGAUCCGGAUUCGCCGCGAGGCGGAGCCCGUCGAGCUUGUCGAGGCGGUGAAGAAUCUGCGGAAGAUUUUCAGGCGGGAGGAGAAGAGGCGGAAGGAGUUGCCACUGGAGUUGAAGCAGAAGGUCUCGUAUGAGAUUGUGCAGCUCCUGCUCGAUUUGGGGGAUAACAGCAGUUUCGCUCAGCAACGAGAAGCAGUGGAAUCAUGGCGUUUCGAGAAGUUAAAAGAUAUAAAAAGUGCAUCUAUUCAGAACUCAACAAAGUUAGACCUCUCCAACGAGGAAGCAAGAACCUUAAAGCGAGCACUACAGUUCAACUGGCAUGUGCUGCUGGAAGACAUUGGUCUUUGGAUACCAUCAGAAGUCUCACACACUGAACAUGAUGACAAACCUGAGAAUGAACCAGAAGAAGAAGAGAUAAUAGCUGGUCCACCUUUGCCCUCACAAUGCAAUGCUGAGCUACAUACUGAUUACGAUGGUGCUGCUGUUAGAUGGGGCUUAACACACCCCAAAGAAUCUGCUGCCGAUUGCUGUCAAGCAUGUCUAGACCAGGCUAAGAAUGCCAGGCCAGGUGAACUAAGGUGUAAUAUAUGGGUUUAUUGCCCAUCAGAGUUUGGAUGUUUCUCUCCAGAUAAAUAUGAGCAUAAACAUCAGGAGUGCUGGUUGAAACAGGCUGACCACCCUAAACUCAACUUCAAAGACAAGUAUUCCGAGUCAUACAGAGAUUCUCAUCCCACUGCCCCUGUCGUUGUGCCCUGGAUGUCAGGUGUCAUCAGCGCAUGAGCUGUUAGUCCCCAGAGGCUCAUCUGAGAUUGGGAGAUUUGUACCGAUGAAAAACUUAACCAAAGCAACUUCAUAUACCGAUUCUUCCUCGUUUUUUUUUUCUUUUGCCAUGAUACGUUUCUCUUUCUCUUGUCUUGGGUAUAUACGAAUAUGAUGUAAACCUUAGAUUAGUCGUUCUGAUAGCAAAAGGUUCAUUUGAGGGAGGCUUAUUUUGUGGCCAAGGGAAUGUGAGUAGACUGAUUAAAUACAAUGGUUCCAUCAAGAGAAAUGAUGGUGCUCUUGCACAUUUUCCGCUCCAA